AUGACGAAAUUGACCUUCGAAGAGAGCUUGCAGCUGAAAGAGAUCUCUGAGGACGUCUUUGAGAAUGUACAUCAGAUAUGGACAUGGCCCGGCAGUGGUACAGCUCCAGGUCCAGCACUGAUGUCUCUCGCAGCAGCUGCUGCAUCACGAACAGCACCAGACAACUUCACUCUCGAUAGCUUGCAUACCGACUUUCUUAAUGCACCGAAUGUGAAGUCGCCCAUGAGGUUUCAUGUCACACGACUGAGCAAUGGCAGGAGGUUUGCCGUCAGAUCGGUAAUGGCCAAGCAGGGGCAGACCAUGCUGUACCAAGUCAACAUUACUUUCGUCAAUACUUCUCCGUGGACAGGUCGAGCUAUGGAAUAUGCUGUGUCCAGAGAGACAACACAUAAACUGUCAAGCAUUACCAGGGAUAUGUUAUUCCCAAAAGGCGACCUGGGUCCAUUCAUCAAGAUCCAAAGAACACAACCAGUCUUCAAGAGUGAUUCCGAAGCCCCAGAAACAGGUAUCUGCACGUUUGUUUCCCAGGUCACGCCCAUCCAAGCUGGUCCUGGUUCGCUGAGCCAUUUAUUGGGCGUCAUCAGCCUCUCCGAUUGCUGGGCUAUCAGUGCUCCUCUUCAGCUAAAUAAGAUCACGUUUGGCUUGCCUGAGACCGAUGAUGAAAGUCAGACACUGACCGAGAAUAAUGUGAAGGUUUUCACUAGUUUGAAUCAUGCGGUUCAUUUUCACGUACAUGGUGGGUUUCGAGCGGACGAGUUGAUAUACACUGAGGCGCGAACUUCGUGGGCAAAAGAUGGAAGGGCGAUGUUACAUUCGAAUCUAUUUAGUGAAGAUGGCGUGCUGAUAGCAACGUGCGAACAAGAGUCUUUUUAUGUCUUUAAGCAAGACUCUGCGUCGAAGUCCAUUGCGAAACUGUAA